AGCCAAGUUAGUUUGUUCUUCUUCAAAUUACUUAGCUAAGCAAGCUUUGGGAACGGAGAGGGGAGAAGAGGGAGCAAAUAAGGAGUCCUUUCUCUUUUUGCAAUCCAUCUUCGUCCUUGAAAAUGGCUGGAGGCUUGUCUUUAGAACAUCCUUGGGCUUUUACCUUUGGCAUAUUAGGAAAUGUUAUCUCAUUCAUGGUCUACCUUGCUCCACUGACAACAUUCUAUCGUGUUUAUAAGAAGAAAUCCACUGAAGGAUUUCAAUCUCUUCCAUACGUUGUGGCAUUAUUCAGCUCCAUGCUUUGGAUCUUUUAUGCAUUCAUCAAAGGCCACGAUGCGCUUCUUCUCAUCACCAUCAACUCCUUUGGCUGUGUCGUUGAAACCAUAUAUAUCAUCGUGUAUCUCCUCUAUGCUCCUAAGAAGGCAAGGGUGCACACAUUGAAGAUGUUCUCGCUCUUAAACUUUGGACUAUUCUCUUUGAUAGUUUUGUGCACUCUGCUCGUCUCCAAGGCUUCCCUUCGACUAAAAGUUCUCGGCUGGAUCUGUGUUGCUUUCUCCGUCAGCGUCUUUGCUGCUCCUUUAAGCAUAAUUAGGUUGGUCAUUCGAACAAAGAGUGUAGAGUUCAUGCCAUUCUCCCUUUCAUUCUUUCUCACGGUGAGUGCAGUGGUGUGGUUCGCCUUUGGCCUCUUCUCCAAAGACAUCUACGUUGCGCUCCCAAACAUAUUAGGAUUCACAUUUGGGGCGCUUCAAAUGGUGCUUUAUAUCAUCUACAAGGACACCAAAGUUCCUGCAAGCUUAGCAGUGGAUAGCAAGCUUCCAGAGAAUAUGCUCGAAAUCUCGAAACUUGGACCCUGUGAACCAAUUGAUGUCGAUGUAGCGACCAAGCCACAUGCCACUAAAAAUGAGAUGAGCCCUGUAUGAGGGAAAAUUAUUCAGUGCGGAAUCCGAACGUGUUUGGAGGUGAAUCCGGGCAUUCGGAUUCAUCUCCGAACAGUUCGGAUUCCGCGAAGUUGAAGUUAUUGAGUUGCAAUUCUAUCCUCAAAUGGAGAACACUUCCUUUAUUUUAUCAUGGUCUUGUCAAUAAUGUAGUGUUGGAGGGAUAGAGAUUGUGAAAGAGAGAGAGGGUGGAUUGUGAGAAUUUUCUCAUAUAUUCUGCUUUCUUUCUUCUCAGUCUCUAAUUCUUCUUAUGUAGUUAUGGAUGUUAAGAAGUUUGUUGUUGUUAUCCUUAACUUAUUUAUCGGAAUUAAUGAGAAUAAAUAUAUGUAAGCAUGAUUCCAUUAGCAACAAGUGAUGCUUUCAUGCAUGAACCAACUAAUCUUUGCCUUCUGAUACUUGGAAAUGUACUAAGCCUAAUAUAAUUUGAGAGGGUGAUUCCUUCACAUUUUAUUA